AUUGUGGAAUGCUACUACUAUCUUACACGAGGGAUGGAGGGAGUAUUAUAAUAGAAAAAAAAAGGAGACCCUCAAUCAAGACAACUUCGAAGUCUGUGGCAUCAUUUGUCUAUGAAAAAACCCAUGUCUAAUCCCUGCUUCCCAAUUUCUGCAAAUACAUAGACAAUAUCUAGAGAGAGAGAGAGAGAGAGAUGGCGGACGCUGCAGUGGAGUUCCUGCUGAACAACCUGAAGGAUCUCCUUCUCUACCACUCGCAUCUCAUCACCGACACGAAGAAGCAGAUCGAGACUCUGGAGAUGGAUCUCCGCCUCUUCAACGCGUUCCUCAAGGACUCGCUGAGGAAGCGGCGGAAGGACGAGCGCACGAAGGUGCUGGUGAGGAACAUUCGAGAUGUUGUGUAUGAGGUGGAAGAUGUGAUCGACGCCUUCAUCACUCAGGCCAUGGAGAAGAAGGCGACGAGCUCCUUCUUCAAAUUCUGGAAGCCUUCGGUCAAUCUCCACGAAAUUGGGGUAAAGGUGGAGGAGGUCAGAACCAAGGUCGAGAAGGCGAGAAUUGACUUCGCUGAUCUCAGCGUACACGAUGAAGACAAUUAUGGAAAACCUGAGGCUCGACCGCCAAGACAGAAAGACGUGGUCGGAUUCGCAGAUGUGACAGAAGAGCUGAUAUCGCGCCUGACUCAAGAAACCGACUAUUUUGAUGUUGUUUCUCUGAUUGGUAUGUUUGGAUUAGGCAAGACAACGCUAGCAUGGAAGAUUUUCAAUGAUCCGGCAAUCAUCUACAAGUUCCCUGUCCGUAUAUGGCUUCCCAUCUCUCAAGAAUUCUCAGACAAGGAUAUCUUCCUAGCCAUUCUCAAAGAGUUCACCACUGUAAAUGAUGAUCUACGCCAGAAAGCCGACAUGGAGAUAGCCCGAAUAGUUGCUGGCUAUCUCGACACAGCAAGUUUCUUCAUCGUCCUGGAUGAUGUCUGGAAUCGAGCUGAUUGGGACAGACUCCGUGUUGCUAUGCCAGAGAACAAUCACAAGGGUAAAAUCUUGAUCACGAGCCGUAUUGAAGAUGUUGGCACGUAUGCUAGCUGCCCGAGACCUGCCAAGAAGCUGCGUUUCUUUAAUCAAGACGAAAGUUGGGAGCUUCUCCAGCUGGAGGCCCUCCGCAAGCUAGACUGCCCUUCCGAGUUACAACAUAUUGGGCAAUUGAUUGCAAGAGAUUGUGAUGGACUUCCUCUUGCAAUAGUAGUUAUUGGGGGCAUCCUUGCUGCAAAAUUUUCAGCCUCGGAUCUUAGUGAAACGAGAAAGGCGUGGGAAAAUGUUUCCACACGUGUAAGCACGUAUCUUAAUGAGAAAGAUCCGGCUGAUCGCAUGAAGAAAUUUAUAUCUUUGAGUUAUGAUAGGUUGCCUUACCAUUUACGCGCAUGCUUUCUGUAUUUGGGGGUGUUUCCUGAAGAUUACAAGAUUCCAGUGUCGAGAUUGAUCCGAAUGUGGAUUGGAGAAGGAUUUAUACAACAGAACAAUGAUCUCAGCUUGGAGGAAUGUGGGGAGAUGUAUUUGGAGGAUCUUAUCAAUAGAAACUUGGUCACUAUUGAGAAGAUUAAACCUAAUGGUAAGGUUAAAACAUGUUGUAUUCAUGAUGCGUUACGCGAUUUCUGCAGGAAUGAAGCUGGAAAUGAGAAUGAGAAUUUUCUCCAGGAGAUCAAGUCGAACAACGGAGGCUUUGCGCCUCCGGUUUCCGACUUACACAAGUAUCGUCGUCUGUCUAUUCAUUUCAACUGCUUGAAGUUCAUCUCUCAAAAACCCUUAGGUCAUCGCGUUCGCACGUUUGUUUGCUUCUCGAAAGACGAAUUCACCUUGCCGGCGGAGGACAUUCCGCACCUCCUCUCUGCUUUCAAAUUGCUCAGAGUUUUGGAAGUGAAACCAAUGAGGCUCACCAAAAUCAGCAGCCAAAUGUACCAGUUGAUCCACGCGAGGUACAUCUCCAUGUCGUUGGAUCUGUCGACUCUUCCUUCGAAAUUCGGCCUGCUUUGGAACACGCAGACGCUGAUAGUCGACACGACGUCUCGCACCCUUGAGGUGAAAGCGGAUAUAUGGAAACUAAGCCAGCUGAGGCAUUUCAAGACGAAUGCCUCAGCUCACUUGCCCAAACCGAGUAAAGAUAGCAAACACGGCGCAGAGCUUCAAACACUCAGCACGAUUUCAGCUGAGAGCUGCACGGCCGAGCUGUUCGAACGGGCUUGCAAUUUGAAGAAACUAGGCAUCCGAGGGCGGCUAGCGUUGCUUCUGGAAGGGAAGAUUGGAUCCUUUGAUAGUUUGGGGAAAAUGAAGUGUCUCGAAAAGCUGAAGCUCGUAAACGACGUACAUCCUAAACCGAUAUCAGAAGGCCAACUGCGCGGCCUUCCUCAACCAUAUCAAUUCCCCUCUAAGCUUAAGAGCCUAACACUAGUUGCUACUUCCCUCAGUUGGAGUUUCAUGUCCAACCUCGGCUUGCUGGAGAAUCUCGAGGUGCUCAAGCUGAAGGAUAAGGCGUUUGUCGGGACGAGUUGGAAGGCGGCUGAUGGAGGUUUCCGGCGGCUUGAGUUCUUGCAGAUUGAAGAGACGGAUUUAACUUUUUGGGAGGCUUCACACCAUCAUUUCCCUAGGCUUAGGGGCCUCGUGCUCAAGAACUGUGAGAAGCUUCUUGUGAUCCCGAUUGGCCUGGCUGAAGUAGAAAGCCUGCAUAGGCUGGAGCUGUACGUCUGUAAAUCUGCAGCUCAGUCUGCAAAGAAGAUUUACGAGGCGAAGAUGAAGAAGAAGAAGACGCAGGCUGAAGGCUCUGUGUUCAAGUACUCCAUUUUCCCUCCUAUUGAUUGACCAAUCUUGACAGGGGUACAUGCAAAGUUGUCAAGCUUGCUUGAACAAUUGCUUCAUUUUAAUUUGGCUCUACUCGCAAAUUGCUGCAUCUCUUUAAAUAAUCUUAGUUGCUGGGAGAAAAACGCUGCACUCGACUCUGUUCAUCAUGUUGAACUCGCCAAAAAAAUUGCACGGGUUAUGUUGAUCAAUAAUCAUUUGUUUAAUUCAUCAAAUCAUGUACUAAUCGUGGAUCGGAUAAUUUGUUUGUGACAUCUAAUUGCAUUUUCAUUGGGGUUCUGAUUAAUUUUCAUGAUA